AUGCGUACCCUGCAGCUCACUCUUGAUUAUGGGAGAUAUUCCGAAACCAAGCCCUAUAUCUUCCACCAGGCUCCCUCAGACGCUUGCACUCACGAACAUCUCGCCGUAAUUGAUUUGAUCAGUCGAACCCAACCUCGUAUGGACUUGGGCAUUGACUUUGGCCCUGUCAUCCGGGAUGGUAAGACGCAAGUGAUCGCCUUGCUCCUCCAGGCUAUGGCUAGGAGAUCAACCAGUCAGAGGGAAACGAGCCUCGCGCGCCUCGUAUUAUGGAAGGCAAAAUAUUACGGCCAGUGCGAUAUGAUCAAGUUAGUGCUGGAGAAGUUCCCCCGGCUGCAUCUGGACCAUGCCUUUGAGCUGGCAACAUCCUCUGGAAACGACUUGGUGGUGAAUCUCCUUAUCGAUACUGCUGUUAAACAAGGGAAACGUCUCUUCUCAACCAACAGAGACGAGUCUCUGCAAGUCAAGAAGACGCGAAUACUAAACAACAUUCCAACCCGGGUUAUAAGGUCCAGUGCCGAGACCGAGUUCAUUGUGGCGUGCUGGAGCGGUAACCGCGAAAGGGUAAAACAGCUGUUAAGAGAUGGUAUCUCGGCCGAUCUGGAAGAUGACGAUGGCCGGACGCCUCUACAGAUUGCCGUUUAUUGUGGACAUAGUGACCUGGUUCGACUUUUGUUGGAGAGCGGAGGACCGACAAACGCUAAUUACGACCUUGCGCAAUUAGCAGUUACUGAGGGCACAUAG